CUGUACUUCAAUUCUCCCUUCCCUUCUUUUAACCACACACUUCAUGUUAUGCAUAACAACUUUACUGACUUGCAACUUCAUAUGUAAUCGAUAACUGUGAAUAUCGAAGGACAGGAACAUGUUGCUACUUGCCGCAUCUUUUGGGAUGUUUCGGGGAGGUGCAGAAAAAUUAGGCUGGCUAGCUGCUUGAAGAUGCAAAACUCAUGUAAAACACAAACAAGGGAAACUAUGUAUUUCGCGUGGAAAGUUUACGCAACAUGUGAGCCCCUGGAGACCAAUUAAUCAGCAGGCAAAACGAAAGGAGAAGUGUUCCUCCCAAGUUAGCACGAAGGUUAUGCUUCCUCAAUCGAGGCAGGCAAAAAGUGAAGAAGUGGAUCAUUGCCUUCCAUGGAAAUACGGGCAAGAGGCGGGGGUCGGGCAGCUACACCUGUUGGGCACCUGCCGCCGGUGGAGCCCUUCUAGGAGCGGGGAAAGAGAGAGGUGGCUUUUGCCGACGCUUUGCAUUUCCGCGACGCCGCUUCAGGAUGCCUUUCCCCGCUUCCUGAUUUACGAGGCGUCGGCUGGCUCCCUUCCAAGCUCCUCUGAGCAGGCCGCGCCGUCUCGAGAAGCAACCGCCUUUCCUGGAAAGGGCUAGAGAAAAAGAAACCAAAAAAGAGGCAGGCUUCAGCUUCUCCGCGCGCCUCGCCAAAAGGGAAAAGCCAGCUUGGGAAGGGGAGUCGAGUGUUGCGCUGCCGCAAAGCCCUCGCCUUCCUCCUUCCGCGGGGUUGCAGGAGAGCGAGCCCGCUGCGGGGUUGCAGGAGAGGCCCAGCCGAGCAUGGGUGGGCGGCGCGGCUUUCGCGGCCUGGCCCUGUGGGGACUUCUGCUGUGCGGCUCGCUGCGGGACCUGGCCAGUGCCGCCCCGGCCUGCGCAGCGCCCUCGGACGCGGGUGAGUCGGGCUGAAGCCCAGCGCGGCCUUGAGUCAAGCUGGGAGCUGCCAGCCGUGUCGUAGGAGCGGCGACCAAACAAGGCGCCUCCCUCCUUCCCGCCAUAACAGAAAAGUAGGUCGAGGGGCCGCUCCAGUUGGAGGCGAGACAGGGCUGGCCGGCUGGCGCUGGGAAGGCUGGCACGAAAGCGCCGAGGGAGGCGCGCCUUCUUCCCCUGGGCUCAGCGGCAACUCAGCGCCGCAAGGCUUCGCCCUCGCCAUUUGCACCCACCUCGGGCAAAGGGUGCACGCUUGCGUCGAGGACUCCUCGUAGCAGCGCGUUUUAUUGUGCCUCGAGACAGCAUUGCGCAGAAGGCGUUAGCAAAUUAAUACUGAUGGUUGUGGUUAUGGUUUAUUGCAAUAAUAAUAAUAAUGAAGGCAGGUGGUGAUAACAGUGGGCGUUGCUGACAGGUGAGUAGGCAGAGGAUUUCAGCCAUCCAUCCAGUGCUGCAGGAGCCUGCUGCAAGUUGCUGCCAUAUGGAAACUGGCAACAGCAAGGAAGUACUGUUAGACAACCCGGAUGGAGCUGGUAGAGAAAAUAUUCCUGUAACUUAGGGUGAAAGAGUGUCAGUUAAAGCGUUGGCUGCAUGAGGGAGAUCCCAUUGCUGAUUUCAUUAUUGCACAGGUAUUGCAUACGGAACUAUGUACAUAACCAAGGGGCUGGGUCACAUCAAAAGUCUUGCCUAGUUCAGCACUGUGGCUCUUAAAAGUGGCCAGUCAGAUUCCCUUGUGGCAUUCAUAAGCGAGGGCACCCAAGAAGAGCCUUCUGGAUCAGGCCCAGUCGCCCACCUAGUCCAGCAUUCUGUUCUUACAUGCACCUUAAGUGGUGCUGAAUCCAAAGUGGACACAAUCUUGCCCAAAAUUGGUGCUGAUGACGGAUCUGCUUCUGUACUAAUAGCAAAGAUGGCGGGACAGACUCACAGGGGUGCUGCCUCUGGGGCUUCUGCUGUCUGGGGCAAUAGCUGCUCCCUGUCCCAUGGCCUGGCUCUGUGUGUUGCCAUAGAGACAAAUGAGUGGGCAUUCCUCCCUCACCUGGCUGGAUGUCAGGUUGUCCUAUGGGUGAGAAAAUAACAGGCCAGGGGAGCUGCUCUGGAUUCAGUGACUGAAGUUGUGAUAGGAGCGACAGAGUGGCUUGGCUUGCUCUGUAUGCUGAAUCCAAAGCUAUGGCUUUGGGGGACCCACUAGAAAACUAAGAUCUUCUGGAAUAUCAAUGUUGCAAGCCCUUCCACCCUGUGCUCAGGUUGUAUAUACUUGUAAAUAAAACCAUAUAUCCUAAAGACACUACAGUCUCCACUUUUGUUCCAAGGAAACUGAACCUUCAGUAAGCAGUGGAACCCUGGAGUCUCCGUUUCUCGGAGAUUGGGGUGCACACAACAAUACUUUGCAGUGAGUUUGGGAGCAGAGCUUGAAUUUGGGAAAAUGGGAAAGAGGAAGAGAGGUAAUUGAUAUGCUCAAGCCACUGCCCUGGCAGCUUAAGGGAAGUAUCAUGAAGGAGGGAUUAGAGUCAGGAGAAUGCUUUCCCGUCUCUAGAACUUCAUACCCCACAAUAUUUUUUCUCAGUACAGGGACUUAGACUCAAUGACCUUUAUGUCCCUUGCAUCCCAAUAAUUUGAUGGUUCUAUUAUUCCUUGUCCUCAAGUAGCUUUUACCAUCUGGGACUGUUGUUACAAAUAGAACAUAACACAUGCCAAGCAAAUAACUACCUGAAGUACAAAGUAAGUAAAUGGAUAUCUUUUAAUUAAAUCAGUCUCCAUUGUUGAAAGUAUGCAAGCUUUUGAGUCUAUUGAACUAAUCAAGAAUUCUGAACUUUUCUCAUUAUUACAUUCCCUUUUGUGAUGUCAUUCCCAAAGAGCUGAGCAGUGUGCAACUGUUUCCUCUUUUUCCAACAGGUUGCAUAAUUUCUUAUCCUUCUCUAUUCUGAAAACAAAUAAAUCCCAAUGUGUAGCAAUAAGAGAGCUGGUUGUGUUCUAUGCUGUAUUGACGUCACCUUGGCUUGGAUCCAAAUCUGCAAUAGCAAAACUCUGCUUGUAAUGAGACUUUCCCAACGUUCGUCCUCCUAAAAAGUUUCCCCUGAUGAUUGGCAAAACCUCAAUAAAAUGGUGUUUGACGUGGUGCAUAGGAGAGAGUAAUUGGUUGAAAUUGGAAAGCCCUUUCCAAGUAGAAGUGCCUUCUGCUAACAAGCACCAUUGGAUCCUUUUCUUUUUCUUUUUGUCUCAAAGCACAGUCUAAUCCUUAAACUGUGAGCAAAGGCAGUCCCUCAUUUUCUGUGUGAUUUACUUUCCCCAUUAUUUCUAGAAGUGGCAUGUUUGCGUGUUCUUCUGACUCAUGUUCUCAGAUCCAUACCACUGAGACAGUGUUGAUAAAAUUUCUUAAGAUUGGCCUGAAAAACCCAAUUGCCCUGAAAAAAGAGUGAUAACACUCAAAAUGUAUUGGACAUCAAUCUGGUUUGAUUAACUGUUCCAUUGCUCCUUUUGAUAUUUGUCUCUUCAGCUUUUUGUGAUUACGCAAUGACUUCUGAGGAAGAAAUUUAGUUCUCAGAGAUUUGCUGCUGUUGCUUCUUCUUUGUCUUCUUCUUUUUAAAAAAGCUCAUAAACUUAGGACUCUAAUCCAGUGUUGUUGUCAGUUUUGUCCCAGACAGUGUUUAACUCCAUGUAAAUCACUUCACCAUCUGUAUGCCAUUUUCAGAACUAAAAUUUGUUUCGUUACAUUUAAGAGACUUGCCUAUUUAAAAAGUGGGUACCAACUGAAAGUAUUGCUUAGUGUUAGAAUAAACAUUUAUUAAAUUCCAUAUUUUUUCAGAUCUAUGUUUUGGUUAGUCCACUACCUAUGCACAAGUGUUUGUGGCAUGUUUCAAUUUGUCUACUGUCUUGACCUUUGCCUGAUCAGAGUGGCUUUCUGGGCAGGAAAUUGUUGUCAACAAUUGCCAUUCCUGGUCAGUUAUUUCAUAGCCAUUGAUGGAGAAAAUAAACCUUAGUUGCUGUCACCUUUUAAAUCUUCUUUUUAAAAAACACAGUUGUGUAGCUGCACAGCUGUGCUUCAUGAAGUGCCACAGAUUACUUUCCAUUUUAUAUCUCCCCCUGCCCUGGAAGUUAUGGGAUGCAAAAAAACCCCCAAAACACUGCCAACUACGAAGUAGCCUUCCAUUGUAAUCACUGCCAUGUGGCAAGGAGUUCCUUGAUUAAUUUAAGAGGAAGAAAACACUAUAGUACAGUGUGUAAAAGCACCAAGAGCACAUCCAUUUAUAAAAACAAAGCAGCAAAACAAUGCCUCAGCAGUGUAAAGCUGACUGGUGGAGAUUUGCCCCAAGUCUGGAGAAACAACAUAAGUAAACCUAGGAUUGCUUUCAGAAUUGUUGUGAUACAAUAGUUCAUAUCUUUCAUUCAGAAAGUUCUGUAAAUCCAGACAAGAGUUAAAAGAAAAAAUCCUAAAGUUUAUAGUGAAAGCUUAAAAUUCUGCAGGAGUUGAUGAUUCAGACCUUGUCCUCACCAGGGAAAAACUUUCUGGUCAAAUGAAUAAAUAAUUUCUAGGUACUGACCAAGGUGAUGAACCCUUAAUGGGAACAUGGAGUCUUAAUGGGAGUUUCAGGAUUUUUCAGUAGCAGUAUUUUUUUACAUUUUGCUAAGAAAAUGUACAUCUAAUUCUCAGUUUUUUCUUCUCUUUUGUCUGGAAACAGGCCAGUUCUGGCACAUCUCCGAUUUACACUUGGACCCCACCUACCACAUUACAAGUAAUCACACUCAGGUUUGUGCCUCUUCCAAAGGAGUGAAUGCCUCAAACCCUGGCCCAUUUGGAGAUUUCAUGUGUGAUUCACCAUAUCGGCUUAUUUUAUCAGCUUUUCAGCACAUGAAGGAUUCUGGUCAACAGGCAUCCUUCAUGAUAUGGACAGGGUAAGUAAGAAAGACACUAGUAUUUCUGAUGUAAAGCUACUGAAAUGUAUUUGGCCAUUUCAUAGCCUUAUUUUAACUUAUGGGAUUAACUUUAAGGGCCAAGUUACACAUUUUAUUUGACUUCUGAAGCCUUGAUUGACUUGUCCCUGGGCUCAGCAUGCAGGCAAGUGGAAUGGAGGGGGGGGGGAAGCCCAGAUAGAUCCUGUUUUUUGGGACCCGGGAUUACAGUCUGGCUGACAGGAAAUGUUGUAUGCUACAUCCUGGGGUUUUUUUCUCUUCAUAUUGGCAGAUUCUCCAGUACGCACAAAUGGGAGGGAUAGUAAUAUUGCUUCCCGUAGGUUUGACAGAUUGCAGGUUACAAGGACUGAAGAUUGCGUGCAUUGAAGCCCAAAAUGUCCUUUGAAGGGCCUGCAGUUUCUUUUAACUCUGGUUAGUCAUAAAGCAAUUUAUGUAACACAUGAAAACAUUUCAUGCUUAAUUAAUUUCUUUGAAACUGUUAGAGUAUGUUAAUUAUAACUUUAAUCACUCUCAAUAUGCAGUACUGAAGUACUUUUAGAGUACUACAGAGAAACUAAUGUUUGAUUUCAAAAAUAAUUACACAACUACCAAGUUGAGUUUUUUCUUUUUCUCUGCUUUUCUUAAAGAGACAGCCCUCCACAUGUUCCUGUAAAAGAACUCUCCACAAAAAUUGUCAUUGACAUUAUUGGUAACGUGACUUCUACCAUAAGAAGUUUCUUUCCAGAUCUCCAAGUUUUCCCUGCGUUGGGAAAUCACGACUAUUGGCCACAGGUAAGACAAAUUCUUCAAGAGAGUGAAUAAUUUGGCAACCUGAUCCUAUGUUUCUAUACUCCUUGGAGGUUGUGGGUGCAAGUAUAAUUUAACUGCCUUUGAUUAGUAGUCAGCGUUAUAAAAGAUGGCUUAACAAUACAACAGUGCACAUUUGCUUUGAAGAAAGUGCUGCUGAGUUCAGUGAGACAUACUCUCAAGUAACUGUAAGUAGCUUACAGUUGCAGCCUAAUGUUUGUACAUUUCUUAGGUUAGGAAAAUCCUGUUGCCCCAGAAUGAACUGCCCAUAGAAACACAGUGUGUUUCAGUGCUAAAGUACAGAGGAGCAAGCAGUUGGAUAAAGUGUGUUGUAACGAUAUGGAGUUAACUGCUUAUGGUUGAAUUCUUACCUGUUUCAAAUACAUUUGUCACUAUUUGAGGAUUCAGAUGUUUAGGGUUUUUGUUCUUAAAAGCAUCUCAUGCACCUAUAUGAGAAUGUGACCUGAUCUACCUGUAGUGCAAAAUGAGGUGGGGUAACUCUGAGACAAUAAAAUCAACAAUGCUAUUUCAGAAUGUAGGUGGGGGUAUAGAAUGAUACUCUCCUUUCAUCCAAUGUAGAGUUUGGGGUACAUUCUUGGUACAUAUCCAAACUGAAAAGCUAAGAUUUGGACAAAUAAUGAUUAGUAAAGCAUAUUCUUAAGGGGAUGUCUGUAUUUUUAAGGAUCAGUUGCCUGCAUCUGUCAGUGAAGUUUACAAUGCUGUAGCGGAUUUCUGGAAACCUUGGCUUACGGAUGAAGCAGUCAGCACCUUGAGAACAGGUAGGAUGGAUAGUAAAACAGCACACAUUUGCUAGGUCCGCUGUCUUUAUUUGGCCGUGCUGGAUAUGGGUGAAAUUGACAUGGUAAAAUUUCUAAUAUUGGGUUCUUAUUGCAAGUGAAAAUGUUUCAUAUUUCAGGGCACUUUCUGUCCCUGAAUUGCCAAGGCCUAAUCAUUCUACUGAUUUACUAAACAUUAAAGUUAUAUGUGACAACACCCACGAUGUUGUAUAUUUUGUACUGUAUAUCCUUGAUAGUUUGCAUAGGCGUUUCUCAGAGUUUAAAGUGUUUCUAAGUGUUUAAAGUCAAUGUUAAGGAUGUUGUUUACAGGAACAAAAUGGUGUGAUACAAGAUAUAACCCUCCUCUUUGUUGUUGUUGUUGUUUAGUCAUUUAGUCGUGUCCGACUCUUCGUGACCCCAUGGACCAGAGCACGCCAGGCACUCCUGUCUUCCACCGCCUCCCGCAGUUUGGUCAGGCUCAUGUUUAUAGCUUCAAGAACACUGUCCAACCAUCUUGUCCUCUGUCGUCCCCUUCUCCUUGUGCCCUCCAUCUUUCCCAACAUCAGGGUCUUUUCCAGGGAGUCUUCUCUUCUCAUGAGGUGGCCAAAGUACUGGAGCCUCAACUUCACGAUCUGUCCUUCCAGUGAGCACUCAGGGCUGAUUUCCUUAAGAAUGGAUAUGUUUGAUCUUCUUGCAGUCCAUGGGACUCUCAAGAGUCUCCUCCAGCAUCAUAAUUCAAAAGCAUCAAUUCUUUGGCGAUCAGCCUUCUUGAUGGUCCAGCUCUCACUUCCAUACAUCACUACUGGGAAAACCAUGGCUUUAACUAAACGGACCUUUGUUGGCAAGGUGAUGUCUCUGCUUUUUAAGAUGCUGUCUAGGUUUGCCAUCGCCUUUCUCCCAAGGAGCAGGCGUCUUUUAAUUUCGUGACUGCUGUCACCGUCUGCAGUGAUCAUGGAGCCCCAAAAAGUAAAAUCUCUCACUGCCUCCAUUUCUUCCCCUUCUAUUUGCCAGGAGGUGAUGGAACCAGUGGCCAUGAUCUUCGUUUUUUUGAUGUUGAGCUUCAGACCAUAUUUUGCGCUCUCCUCUUUUACCCUCAUUAAAAGGUUCUUUAAUUCCUCCUCACUUUCUGCCAUCAAGGUUGUGUCAUCUGCAUAUCUGAGGUUGUUGAUAUUUCUUCCGGCGAUCUUAAUUCCGGCUUGGGAUUCAUCCAGCCCAGCCUUUCGCAUGAUGAAUUCUGCAUAUUAGUUAAAUAACCAGGGAGACAAUAUACAGCCUUGCCGUACUCCUUUCCCAAUUUUGAACCAAUCAGUUGUUCCAUAUCCAGUUCUAACUGUAGCUUCUUGUCCCACAUAGAGAUUUCUCAGGAGACAGAUGAGGUGAUCAGGCACUCCCAUUUCUUUAAGAACUUGCCAUAGUUUGCUGUGGUCGACACAGUCAAAGGCUUUUGCAUAGUCAAUGAAGCAGAAGUAGAUGUCUUUCUGGAACUCUAUAGCUUUCUCCAUAAUCCAGCGCAUGUUUGCAAUUUGGUCUCUGGUUCCUCUGCCCCUUUGAAAUCCAGCUUGCACUUUGGGAGUUCUUGGUCCACAUACUGCUUAAGCCUGCCUUGUAGAAUUUUAAGCAUAACCUUGCUAGCGUGUGAAAUGAGUGCAAUUGUGCGGUAGUUGGAGCAUUCUUUGGCACUGCCCUUCUUUGGGAUUGGGAUGUGGACUGAUCUUCUCCAAUCCUCUGGCCACUGCUGAGUUUUCCAAAUUUGCUGGCAUACUGAGUGUAGCACCUUGACAGCAUCAUCGUUUAAAAUUUUAAAUAGUUCAGCUGGAAUAUCAUCACUUCCACUGGCCUUGUUAUUAGCAGUGCUUUCUAAGGCCCAUUUGACUUCACUCUCCAGGAUGUCUGGCUCAAGGUCAGCAACCACACUACCUGGGGUGUACGAGACAUCCAUUUCUUUCUUUCUGCCACCUCUUCUUGAUGUCUUCUGCUAGGUCCUUUCCACUUUUGUCUUUUAUUAUGGUAAUCUUUGUACGAAAUGUUCCUUUCAUAUCUCCAAUUUUCUUGAACAGAUCUCUGGUUUUUCCCAUUCUAUUGUUUUCCUCUAUACAAAUGGUCAAACAAUAGUUUAUUACAUAAAUAUUCAAGCAGUGAUCAUAGAAUUGUAGAGCUGAAAUGGACCACAAGGCUCAUCUAGUCCAGUGCCUUGCAAUGCAUUGUAACGAAGCCAAAUAAUUGAGGUCAUCGUUUAUUUUUCCCUUGGUUAACAGUUUGCAAAUAGUUAGCAUGAUAUCUAUAGUUAAACUGUUCUAUUUUUGCUCUGAGAUAAGCAGGAGCUACAACCUUCUUAUAUUAUCGGCAAGCAAAUAAAUUUCCAAAUCUAUUGUAGCCUCUUAAGCAUUUGAAAAUGGAAAAAGGGUUUUUCCCUUGAAUUUGAUCCUUAUUUUGCACAUUAAAAUUCAAGAAGUAAAAUGGAGACCUGUAAAUCAAAUUUUAGGUUACAUGUUUUUUUCCAGCAAAUGUACAGAAUAUUAGAAAUAUGCAGAAUUCUUAAAUGUUAAAGAUGUUAGAAUUCCUGCUCCAUGAUUGCAGUCGUGGGAUUUUAAUCUAUCACAUGAUGGUGUAUGUUUUGACUCCACAAAGUGGGAAGUGACGGAGACAGGAUGUUUGUGUUACUGUGUUCUGUGAAGGUGGACUAUGGUCCUUUGUUCUUUUUCUCUUUGCUGUCUGAUGCUAGAGAGAGAGGGAGCCAUGUUGCAGUGUUCUGUGUGUGUUUAUAUGUAAAUAAAUUAGAUUAGCCAAAAUGCUGAGUUGCUGAGGUCUGUUAUGCAAGCUGCGAAGACUGCGGAUCCCUAAGUGUGCCAAUGUCUGUUGGCAUCGGUCGCUGUGAUGUUCGGGCUGAAGAAAGCUUUUGAAGCUCCCAAACGAUCGGCCAGGAGGGAGAGAACAUGCCGGUUAGGCAUGUGUCUCUGCCAGAGCCCUACUCGAGUGUAGAAUGAGCUCAUGACAAAAGAUGCAGAAGUUAUAUUCCAUUACUCCUGUUUACCCUUUAUUAAUUAUCCCAUUGGAAUUAUAUCCAUGGAACAUCUUGAAGAAUGGUAUUACCCAGCAGGAAUAUGUAUGUUAGAUUUAGGCCCAUAGAAAGGAUAUUGCAUUUAAUUUGCAAGCCAAUUCUUAGAUAAUUCUGUCCUAUUCUAUUCUACCUGACUGGAGAAGACAACCAAAAAUCGGUGGAACUUAUCCAUAGUAAAUAAAAUACAUACAUCUUCUCUCCACCCUCCCCUAGGUGGUUUUUAUACACAAACAAUUCAGUCCAACAUGACUGCACAACCUCUUAGGAUAAUUAGUUUAAAUACCAUCUUAUACUACCCUCCCAACACUAUGACUCUGAAUAUGACUGAUCCAGCAAACCAGUUUGCAUGGCUGGAACGUGUAUUAGAGACGGCACAUCAAAACAAGGAAAAGGUAAGGAUUUUUUAAUAAAAAAAAGUAAUAUGAAUGAGAAAAGGGUAACUAUUUGUUUCAAGAAAGUUUGCAGUUGGUGGGACCUUUGAGCAAGGUAGGUAUGUCCCCUGAACUUCCACUGCUCUGAGUAGAAAGCAUACUAAACUUGUAUCAGUUAAUCCAGGGGAACUCCUAACUUUGGUAAUAAGGGAGCACCCCAAAGGCCACCCGUACACAAUGCUAAAGUAUGGGGACACUCUUACUCAGUCUGGUAUGCUGCCAAAAGUAUUCAGAGUGCCAAAUACCAGGUCCCACCAAAUAGUUUGGUACUGCCAAAUGCCAAGAGUUGGAGUUGCUUUAAUCAGUAAAUGUGAAUGGGUUGAAAGCAUGUGAGCUUUUCUGUGUGUGCUUGAGCCUGGAGCAGGUAUAGUCCUGAAGUUUGGAGUGUCAUCUAAUUCUUCAUGGUGCUUAUGUCUAUACUGGGAUCAUUAGUUCAAGGCUUCUAACUCCUAAAUACAUCAGUUGUUGUGGCCAAAAAACGAAGUGACUAAUUAAGAUAAGUCCUACCUGAAAUACUACAAAUGCUGUUUGAAUGCAAGACUUCUUGUAACAAAGGUUUGUGCAGUUAAUAGGAAAUAAGUUGUAACUCAUGCCUCUAGUCAAUGGCAUUGUAGAACUUUGGUUUAUUCGGCCUGUAAUCUAUAUCCUCCAAGCUUGUAAGCCUUUAUGCCUGUUUCAAACACUCUAUGACUUCAUUCUUAGUAGGGGGAAAAGUGUUUACCUUUCAGAAAGCAACGAAUGGAAAAGUGAGAUUAUAAGCAAUUUCUUUCACGUCAACAUUAUAGUUUACACCUAACGUAUUUGAUGUAAUAUUAAAGUGCCUUUUCUGAUAUUUAUAUUCUUAUCUCCUAGGUUUAUGUAAUAGGACAUGUGCCAGUAGGUUAUCUGCCUUACUCUCGAAAUACCACUGCCAUAAGAGAACACUACAAUGAGAGGUUGAUAGAAAUAUUUCGCCGGUAUAGCAGCGUGAUUGCUGGGCAGUUUUUUGGACACACUCACCGAGACAGCAUCAUGGUUCUUCUAGAUGAAAAGGGUAAUGAUGUUUGCAGAUGACAGCUUUCUUGGCUGGUGACACAGAUUACACAGUAAUGGGAGAUCUUUUUUAUGGUGCUUUGGGGAUAGGCAAAGGCCAUAUUCUCUAAUGGGAUAAAUCAGAGUUAACCCAUAUGAUGCCAUUCAUAUGUUGUCAGGUUGCAACUCCCAUCAGCCCCAGCUAGUGUGGUCAGGGAGGAUGGGCGCUGCAGUUCAGUAACAUGGAAGGCACCACAAAACCUGGCUCUGCAGUUGCCAGCUUGAAUCCUCCUCCUCCUUCAUACCCUUGCUUCAUGAUUUUGGUACAUUCUUACCCUUCCUAAAUCUAUCGGUUCUAUUUAAAACUAUCACAAAUAAUCAACGUCGCAGAUCCUGUUUUGCAAAUGGUUUGGCUUGUGCUUUAUUUUCAAAUAGGAGCCAUAACAGCUCUUUUGUUAGGUUCGCACUUCAUCAUAAGACAAUAGCAGAUCCUAUACAAAAAUCUUUCCUUGCUGUUUCUUCAGAGACAGUCGCAAAUUACACUGGCCAGUUCCUACCCAUUGUAGAAUGUGUCAAAAGGAAAUGUUCUCAAGCUUGUUAGAUACACUCAGUUUUUCUGUGUGUUUCCUGCAUCUUUACUAGGUCUCUGUCUGUACUGGGCUCCCUGCUGCUUCAGAGUUAAUUAAGACAGGAACAGAGAGUGAAGAUAGAAGGAGAGAGGAGUCUUCUAACCCAUAAUAAUCUGUAAAAUGUAGCCAACAUCCAACUUUCAAGAUUAUAUGCAGUAUUAUAUAUUCUUCUCUAAAGUUGUUUCAGAUUGAACAAAGAAACUUGCAGCAGCAGGAAGCAUUAAAAUCUAAGAAACACCACCUAAAUAUUGUAUCCCUUUAAACAUCAUGGCCUAAACAAACUAUAAGCAUAUUGGCUUAGUGUUGCAUUUGCUGGUUCGGACAUCAUGCUAAACCAAGGCACGUUGUGGUUUAAAUGAACAAAUCACAGAAGUGUUAUUUGCAAAGGCGGUUGUUAUCUCAGUAAGGCACUAUAUUGAGUUUCCAAUAGUGAUAUAAUCAUUUGGUCAAUUGAUUAAAAAGCAGGUGCUUAACCAACUGGAUGUUCUUUAAUUUGAUGUCAGUCCCAAUACAGUGGUACCUCAGGUUACAUACGCUUCAGGUUACAGACUCCACUAACCCAGAAAUAGUACCUCGGAUUAAGAACUUUGCUUCAGGAUGAGAACAGAAAUUGCACAGCAGCUGCGGCGGCGCAGCGGCAGCAGGAGGCCCCAUUAGCUAAAGUGGUGCUUCAGGUUAAGAACAGUUUCAGGUUAAGAACAGACCUCCAGAACAAAUUAAGUACUUAACCCGAGGUACCACUGUAGUAGCAUCCCAAAAUGACAUAAAAAAUAAGCAAGUUCAGUGUCUGUAUUGUAGAAGAUCCACAUUUGAGACAUGCUGGCAUUCAUUCCAAUUGAUGACAGUCUGCUUCAGUUGCCUAUGGCUUAGAAUGGAAAGCAAAAUCGUUUCACCCAGAAAAGCAGAGCAUGUACUGAUUUUUUAUAUACAUAGUGAUAACCUAUCCUCUUCAUUUAAUCUGGUAUCUGUAGAUGUAAACCAGUAUGCUUGUGUAACCUGAACAACAGCAGAUUUUUGAAGCAUCCAAAAUCCUUUUGCUUGUUGAUAAUUGGUGAGCAAUUAAAUCUUUAGUCCUGGAAUCUGGAACUGGAGAGCCUCUGGUUGUUCAACUACAAAUCCCAUUAUCCCUGGGCACUAACCGUGCUGGUUGGGACUGAUACAAGUUGGACUCCAACAGCAUCCCUUCUUUAGCUGAUUAAUUCAGUUAAUUGAUAUGCAGCCAAAUCCUACCCAUGUUUACUUGGAAAUAAGCCUGACUAGUUCCCAUGGAACAUACUGCCAAGUAAGUAUGUGACAGGUUCCAAAAGCUUUGAACUAGUCUAGUUAAUAAUGUCUGGAAAUUUCCACAUGUUAAGUAGAAAUACAAGUAAUUUAAUGAUGUGAAUGCUUAUGCAAUUUGACUUUUUUUAAAAAAGCGGUCCGUGUAUUCCUUAUGGACAAACUCAGUGUAAAUAAUUUUUUAAAACCCUAAGUAGUCAAAUUGAAUUGUGUUUUUCUUUUUGGACAACUGUGCAGUACAAAUUUGUGUAUGUUUACUUAGAAGUAAGUCCCACAUGUGACUGACUCUCUAGUAAACGUGUUUAGGUUUUCAGCCUAAAUUCAUCUGAAGAAGUCUUGCUUUUACAAAGCUUUCUUAAGCAUGGCUUUUGUAGAGAUACCUUGACUGCCUUUCAGAGGAUUACCCAGAAUCAGAUCAAGACAAGGGUCAUAAAAGUUGCUUAGGUGCACACAAGGGGCUUUCAGUGGCUUUUUAAGUCUUUUUUACUCUGAACAGUAGACACCCCUCCCAAUUUCAAAACUGUGUUCAUUGUUAUUUAAAUCUAUCCAUUGCCCAAAAAUGUGAAAUCUCCAAAAUAAGUUUUACUUCAGGGAGUUGGCAUAACUUUAAUGAUUGGCAAGCAUUGAUGGCUGCAUCAGAAAUUGUGGCGAGGGGUUCCCAUGUGUGGUUAUUGCAUAAAGAUUUUUAAUAAUGUGCCGGUGGAAGAGCAGGACACAAAGUACAUGUCCUAAUGUAGUGAACAUAUGUGUAAGUUUAAACAUUGCCACUUAUUAAAACCUUUCUCCAUUUCCCCAAACCUUUUGUUUUGUAAUCAUUCAGAAAAGCCAGUAAACUCCUUGUUUGUGGCACCUGCUGUGACGCCAGUGAAGGACGUAUUUCAGGUAGACUCAAACAAUCCUGGAGUGAGAUUAUAUCAGUAUGACCCUCUUUCUUAUAAUCUACUGGUAAGUAAAAAAACAAAAAUAAAUCAGGUCUCCUGGAAAGUAAAAAUUUAAUGUGAUGGGUUUUGUGAUUAGUUUUUCAGCUAACACUAACUUCUGUGGUUAGUGGUAAAGCCAUUUGUGCUUCCUAAAUAGUCAUUUUCCAUGUUUCCAUAAUUGUGUAUCAAUGUUUAACGUAUAUGAACGGAAUUGAAACCAGUAGCUAGAAAUGUAUGAAGAAGUAUGGGGAAACGUCUGUACAUUUUGUAUCCUUACCUGUCUCCCAAGUUUCACAUGCUUUAGAAUUCCCUUGUUCCUCCCUUCUUCCCCAGUGAUUGCACAGUUAUUUAUUUAUUACACUUUUUUCUCCAAAGAGCUCAGUUGCUCCUCUCCCCACUCUCCAUUGUUAACUUCACAACAACUUUGUUGAGGUAGGCUGAGGGAUUGUGGUUGCUUAAAGGUCACUCAAUGAGCUUUUUUGCCAAGUAGGGAUAUAAACCCAUAUCUCUCUAGCCCUAGUCUGGCACCCUAACCUCUACACCACACUUGUUAGAAAUAAGCUACUGUUCUCUUUGCUAAUCCUACAAAUGGUCUUCUCUUUUAUUCAGUGGUGCAGUUUAGACUCUGGACUUAAUGGUCUUAUGCCCCCGCAUCCCUCUUUAGAUGGCAGUGCAAAUUACUCCACUUACAUUAAAACUUGGUAAUCCAUCUCUGCUGUAUUUGUGGGUCCUCCUGCUCAUUCUGCUGCGUGUGGCCCUGGACUCUUGCCCUGAGGGCUCCACUGCUUUUUUCUUUAUUCUGCCUUGGUUUCUCAAACUGUUUUCAUUUGCAGGAAAGGAAGAGCAGCAAUCAAUAUGAGGCAGCUCUGCAAAGAGGAGGAGGAGGGGUUGGGGUUGGGGAGAACAUGCCUUGUUCAAAUGUUAUUUGUAGUAAUUCAUUGAGGGAGGUGUAAAUCACAGUUCUGCCGGAAGCAUUAUCCAAAGCGGUGUACAUUAAUGAACCCUAUUAUCGCUAAAAACAAUGGGAUAAAACAAGCCACAGACCAGGAUGGGGAUGCAAGCUGUAAUUAAAGCGCCAAUAAAUCUGCAGGGCUUGCUUGUUAGCAGGCAUUUACCAGUUGCUGAAAGACCCAUAAUGCAAGGACCACCAGACAAGCAUUUCCAUAGUUUGGAAUGUGUCGCCAGAGAGACCGGGAGAAUUUGGUUCCACACCUUCACUUUUAAAAAGGAGGACACAGAGCAGGCCUGCCCCAGUGGAUCUGAGAACAUGGGAAUAGAUGUAUGGGAGGAAGAGACCCUCCCUAAGGUGUGCAGACCUAGAGCAUUUGGAGCUUUAAAGGUCAGCAACUAGGCCUGGAAACAAAACAUGCCUUUGAGCUAGAACUAGAACAGUAAAUGACAUAUUCCCAUCUGGUGUCACACAUUUUUCACUGGCUGUUGCUGCAGAAUCCUCUUCAAAGGCAGGCCCAUGUCGACCACAUUGCAGUGACCCAAACAGAUGAUUGCUGAAGCAUAGAUAACUGAGGCCCACUUUCUGUUUGAGAGAAGGGGUUGGAGUCAGCUCCUCAGCCUAAGCUGGAGAAAGUAGCACUCCUGAUCACUGACACCAUGUAAGAACCUAAUACUAAAGCGAGAUUCAUGGGCAUACCAGACUCUCAGCCAGCCUCUGCCAACCUAGUGCCCUCCCAUCAGUAUCGGCCAGAAUGGGCUGGCUGGGGCUGAUGGAAAUAGUACCCCAGACCAAGAAGGUGCCAGUUUGACAAAGACUGCUCUAAGCAUUGUCCUUCAUGGGGUGUCUUAACUUCAUAUGGGAAUGCCACAUUCCCUUCCUGUUUUGGGCUGUCGCAAGGUCAUGAUGCUUGUUCUGUCUGGAUUCAGUUUCAGUUUGUUAGCCAUCUUCCAGCACAUAAAUACAACAGGGCAAUUGUUCAGGAAAUCCAUUGUUGUUCCUGGAUUUGCUGGGAAAGGAAAGCUCAUGCUGGAUGCUGAGUGACGCCGCACUCCAUGCUGUCAAAGAGCUCUCUCAGCAGUUGCCUGUAGAUGUUAAAAGUCUUGGGGCCAAGAUACAACCCUUUGGUAUCUCUGGUUCUGUUGGGCUUAUCAGCUGCCUGUCAGGUGGGGGUGAAGCCUCCUGCAGAGCAGUGUCCUUAACUCCCAGCAGUCUCAAGUAGCACAGAGAUAUCUGAUUAUAUAGUAUCAAAUGCCACUGAAAGGUUUAGGAGACUGAACAAAGGUAUAACUCUUUCUAUUCCAGACACAGGUAAUAGACUGGAGCAGCUAAGGUGCUUUCAGUCACAAACCCUUUUCUGAACUUCUAUAAUAUGGGUCUAGAAAAUAUUUAUCAUUCAAGAGGUUUUGUUGGUCUGGUACUUUCUGGUUGAGGGAGGCAAAUUUAUACUGUACUAUAUAUGUUCAGAUCAACUAUCUCAAAUGAAUAUAUAUUUUUUUAAUCACGAGAAGGUGGAUUGCAGCAUCUCUUAAGCUUAUUGGCACCAUCCUCAUCUCUACUAGUAUGUGAGAAGCCAGCACCAUGAACUAUUGAGUUCUGAGACCUUUAUCAAUCAUGCACAUUUGCAUAGUUUCACUUCUUUUGCCCAGAUUAUUCUACCAUAAUGGAGAGAGAAAAAGAGUCCUGAAAUCCUACUACACCUACUAAAAAUCUACUUGGCCAACAGGCAUUGGCCUUGCACACAUUCAAAUAUAAUUUUGCACUAAUGUGGUGCAAAAAAGUUGAAGGUUUUGUUCGCAAGAAGCUAUUUUGUGCUCAAUUCCACACUCAUGGGACACAGAGAGUAAUGGGUUAUGUUGGUGUGAAUUUUCCUUGAGCUGGAUAUAUUGUUUGUCUUAUCUGCAGGUCAUGCCCAAGAGUGUUGUUUUUGUCUCUUUUCUUCCCAUCCGUUCCCUUCCCCCAGUAUUAGCAUAUGUCAGAAACUGAGCUAUAUAUGAGUCCACGUCUUGUGGUGGGACAUGACCUUUCUCUUCAGUUGUGAAUAAUAGGCAGUGACGGCUUCUUAAUCAAUACAUCACUCUAGAAGUUUAAUGAAGCAGUGGAUACAAUUGUGCACUUUUUGUUUCCGUUUAAUUCCAGGAUCUUUGGCAGUUCUACUUGAACCUCACAGAAGCCAAUGUGAAAAAUGAAUCAGUCUGGAAACUUGAGUAUGUUAUGACCAAAGCUUAUGGAAUCAAGGACUUAACGCCAGAAAGCUUGUAUGAAAUGGCAAAUCAACUUAGCGUACCUCACAGCAAAUUGUUCCAAAAAUAUUACAGCCACUACUUUGUGAGUUACGAUGAUCCAAGCUUGUUCUGUGGCGAGCACUGUAGGAUCACCCAACUCUGUGCAAUUCAAUAUUUAGACCUCACCUCUUACACUGAUUGUAUCGAACAUAAAGGCAAAUUACAUGGGUAAAAAGUAGCGCUCACGCUAAAGAAUUGUGUCCUCUAGGGCCUGGUUCUGAUGUAGCAACUUUAACCGUUGUUUCUUCAGCUGAGAACUAGUGUGGUGUCUACCCACUCCAACCCACUUCUCUCUUCCUUAGUUUUCCAUUACAAAUGAACUGCUCUUGGUUUUAUAUCCUGGUUACCAAGCCAUGAUUAAACCACAGUUUCUCAGUUGAAAUGUAGCAGGAAAUGGUGGUUUCAACUAAACAGAAUGGAAACACUGAAGCUAACAUGCAUUGGGGGGAAACGCACAGGCACAACAUUAGUUUUUGGUGCAAUAAACCAUGGUUUAUAUAAACAGAGGUCAUUACUGCUGUAUUGAGCCUAAAUAAAGUCCAAAUAAUAUUUUGCCAAAUUAAUUUUGCCUGCAAAUUACCGUAUUUUUCGCCUUAUAGGACGCACUUUUUCCCCUCCAAAAAUGAAGGGGAAAUCUGGGUGCGUCCUAUGGGGGCGAAUGCAGGCUUUGGCUGAAGCUUGGAGAGCGAGAGGGGU